AUGGUUAAAGUUGCUGUAUUGGGUGCAUCCGGAGGUAUUGGACAACCAUUAUCUUUAUUAUUAAAAUUAAGUCCAUAUGUAUCAAAAUUGUCAUUGUAUGAUGUUAGAGACCCAACGGGUACAGCGGUAGAUUUAUCUCAUAUUAAUACAGUAGCAGAAUGUCAAUCUUUUAAUAAAGACCAAUUAGUUGAUGCAUUGAGAGGUGCAAGAGUUGUUGUUAUUCCUGCGGGGGUCCCUAGAAAACCUGGAAUGACUAGAGAUGAUUUAUUUAAAGUUAAUGCAAGUAUUGUACGCGGACUUUGUGAACAAAUUGUUCAAACUUGUCCAAAUGCAACUGUAUUAAUUAUUUCAAAUCCAGUUAAUUCACUGGUUCCAGUUGCUGUUGAAACAUUUAAAAAAUUUGGUAUUAAUGAUACUACUAAAAUUAUGGGAAUAACUACAUUAGAUUUAGUUCGUGCAGAAACAUUUUUAGGUGAUUAUAUGAAUCAUUCAAGAGUCACAACAGUUGGUUCAAAUCAAUUUGACAAGAGAAGAAUGCAUAAAGUUGUUAGUGUUAUCGGUGGACAUUCUGGUCAUACUAUUAUUCCUGUAAUGUUAUUAAAGCCAAUGGUGUACAUGAUGAAACCAGGUCAAUAUGAUUCUUUUAUUCAUAGAGUUCAAUUUGGUGGUGAUGAAGUUGUUAAAGCAAAACAAGGACAAGGGUCAGCUACUUAUUCUAUGGCUUAUGCGGGUUAUAGAUUUGUUGAAUAUAUAUUAAAAAGUAUUCAACAUGAAUCACUUGAAGGAUUAGGUUAUAUUCCUGCUUACGUUUAUUUGCCAGGUUUAAAAAAUGGUUCGAUUGUUCAAAGUAAAUUAGGUUCAAAAGAAUUAGAAUAUUUUUCAAUUCCAAUUAAUUUAAUUAAUGGUCGUAUUGAAUCUGUUGAUACUACUAUAUUAGAUAAAUUAUCAAAACAAGAAAAAUUAUUAGUUGAUAAAGCUAUUCCUGAAUUGAUUGAUAAUGCAAAGAAGGGGCAAAAGUUUAUUCGUAAUGCAGCCAAAUUGUAG